UAUGCUAAUUGCUAGCAGAGUGGCUACUGUCUGUACCGCUGCUACUGUUGUUGUUACCAAAGGGGACACUAACUAGAAAUAAUUGUAAACUUAUUUAUAAAACAGUUAACCGUUAACCCGGAGCGCGUUAUUGUCCGUGUCGGGCCGUCGGCAUGGCUCUGCAAGGCCCGGAGGAGCUUGGGGAGCAGGUCGAAGAGCCGGAGGAUCUGGACGACCAGGACGCUAGUAGCAUCUCCCCGGCCGAGGAGAUAACGCUGCCCCCCGGGCCUGGAGGCGACGAAGAGCCGGAGGAGGCUCUCCUCCUACCGUGGGACCGCUUCUCCGCCUGGCUGCACUGCAUCUGUGUGGUCGGCUUCGACUUGGAGCUGGGACAGGCGGUGGAGGUCAUUUAUCCUCAUCAUUCCAAACUGUCAGAGAAAGAGAAAACAAGCAUCUGCUACCUUUCCUUUCCGGACUCAAACUCAGGUUGCCUUGGCGACACCCAGUUUUGCUUCCGCUUCCGUCAGGGUUCCAACAGGAAGUCAUCGCUCGGCUGCUUCCUGGAGACCACCGACCGAGACGCACCACCCUGUCUGAAGAGGGAACAGGGACAUUACUACGGUUAUGUGUACUUCCGUCAGGUGCGAGACAAAUCUCUGAAGAGAGGAUACUUCCAGAAGUCUCUGGUCCUGAUCAGUAAACUGCCCUAUGUGACCUUCUUCCACUCGCUGUUGAAGAUCAUGGCUCCAGAAUACUUUGAGAAACAGGAGCCCUGUCUGGAAGCCGCUUGUAAUGACAUAGACCGCUGGCCGACACCCCACCCCGGACGAAUCCUGACGCUGCCUAUUAUGGGCGUGGUCAUAAAGGUUCGAAUCCCGACCUGCUACGACAAACCAGGAACUUCACAGCUGGUCCAGUCCGCCCAGAGUGACAGUCUGGUGUCCAUCGUGCUCCCAACCAUCCAUGAAGUCGACCUCUUUAGGUGUUUCUACCCGGUCUUCUUCCACAUCCAGAUGCUGUGGGAGUUGGUGUUGCUGGGGGAGGCACUUGUCGUGAUGGCGCCGUCACCGGCAGAGUCAUCAGAUACUGUGCUGGCACUGGUCAGCUGCAUCUCUCCUCUACGUUACUGCAGUGACUUCCGGCCGUACUUCACCAUCCACGACAGUGAAUUCAAGGAGUACACCACCAGGACGCAGGCUCCGCCAUCGGUCAUUCUAGGAGUGACCAAUCCUUUUUUUGCUAAAACUCUUCAGCACUGGCCGCACAUCAUCCGCAUCGGAGACAUGAAGCAAGCAGGUGAGAUGGCGAAGCAGAUGAAAGUGAAGAAACUGAAAAACCUCAAAACUCUGGACUCUAAACCUGGUGUGUACACUGCAUAUAAACCGUAUCUCAACAAAGAUGAAGAAAUCAUCAAACAGCUUCAGAAGGGUGUUCAACAAAAGAGACCUUCAGCGGCCCAAAAUGCAAUUCUUCGACGCUAUUUCUUAGAACUGACACAGAGCUUCAUCAUUCCACUGGAGCGGUACGUGGCCAGUCUGAUGCCUCUGCAGAAGUCCAUCAGUCCCUGGAAGAGUCCUCCUCAGCUCCGACCGUUCAUCCAGCAGGACUUCAUGAAGACACUGGAGAAAGCUGGACCUCAGCUCACAUCCAGACUGAAAGGAGACUGGAUAGGACUUUACAGGCAUUUCCUCAAGUCACCCAACUUUGACGGCUGGUUCCGCAACAGGAGGCGAGAGAUGACCCAGAAACUGGAGGCUCUGCACCUCGAGGCGCUGUGUGAGGAGGAUCUGCAGCAGAGGAUCCAGAAGCACACAGAGGUGGAGACGGUGGAUCUGGUUCUGAAGCUGAAGGAUAAACUGAGUCAGGCGGAGAGGGAGCAGCUCCCGGUGCGUCCGGGGACCCUUCCCAAACUGAGGGCCCAUAUCGAUGCCGUCAUCCUGGCCCUACCAGAGGACCUUCAGGGCAUCCUCCACAAGCCCUCCACACCCUGACCUUUAACCUUCUGUCUGCAACUCUAACCCCAGUUUGAGCUUGUUUUAAAGUUUGGGGGGUAGUGGGGCCUCCUCCCAGUUGGCUCCCAGGUUCAGGGGCCCCCUGUUUACUCAGCCUUGGUUCCAGUUCGAGGACCCCUAGUUUGCUCUAACAUUGAAAGCACAUUGCAUCUUGCAUUUCCCCCCCAAAAAAUAUCCAAAUUCAGUUAUAUUUACACCCCACCCCCAUCCCAACCAAACUGCUACUGUGGUGGCUCGGUGGACCAAGCGUGACGCUCAUGUCUCAUUGAUCAGGUGGUAUUGAGACCAGCUGGAGCAGGCCACAGCUGCUCGUCGUAAACUCCUCGUUUAAACGAUGUGAGGAUGUUUUUUUUUUUAUCACAGAGACAUUAUUAAACAAAGAUAAGAGCGUUGAGCAUCAACGAAGGUCCAUCUGAGCCCGUGGUGAACCUGUGUGCAGAAGGAUUGUCAUCACUGUGGAAGUAAGAGCAGGAAGAUGACCCAAGCUGACCUUUGACCCUCAGCAUUUUUACCUCUUGAUGUUUUUAAUUUUUACUUUUUUAAUUUGACGAUGGACUGCUGCAGGCAGAACUGACUGGAGCUUUCAUCCAUUUAAAAAGAAGAAAAAAAAAAAGUUUUUUAAAAGAAGUGCACUUCAUCGCUAACUGGACCAGUGUGCCCUUCUCUCACACACACACACACACACACACACACACACACACACACACACACACAGAGACACCUUUAUGCAAACAAACUGAAGCGAGCAGAGCCAAGCAGUGCUUUAUGAUUCAAUUUUACUAAAAUGUUGUCCAUAAAAACACACACAGCAUUAAGCACCAGCGAGCCUGUAAUAACUGUCAAUGCAGUAAACAUCUCUUGUCUCGUGGGCCCAGGAGCAAAUCACAUCCCUGUAUCCAUAUUCAGAAUUGUCUCUGGUGCGGGUUGUCAUUAUAUUUGUAUGUUUCUGAAGACUAAGUCCAAAAGUUGUGUGUCGCUAUUGUGUGAAAACCUGUUUUUAUUUCAACUACCUGAUUCUGAGCUCCUCCGCGGGUCGAGGAAAGUCUUCGGCCCGCUGGACUGUGAAACUGUGGAGGCCCGUUUCUGCCAAGACUGAAAAAAAAAUGAACAGAUGAAAAGUUAGAAAUGUCAAAAAUGCUCAUGGUAAAUCAAAGUGAAGAGAUAGAGAGUCAAAAUCGUGAGCGCUCAAGUGGAAAUUUUGAAUUAAAUCAAACUUAUGACUUAAGUCAAAAUUAUGAGAUACUAAGAGGAAGUAAUGAACUAUUAUGAGAUUUUAAAAACAUUUUUUAAACUUUGAUAAAUAAUAGUGACUUAGACAAAAUUUGAAAACAAAGUUUGACUUUUAUUUGAUAAUUUUGACAAAAGAAUAUCUCUCAUUUCUAACAUUUUAUCUGUUCUUUGUUGUAUUUUACUGGCACAGAUGAGCUGUUGUAGUAAAACCCUUCGAUACUUCUGUGAAAACUUGAGCUCAACGCAAUACCACUUUCCUCACUCCUCACUCUGUGGAAAGUUUUCACUUGGCAGCAGCAACACAAGAAAUGCACUUGAGAAAUAUCCAUACAUCCUUGAAGGAAAAAAAAAAAGGAUUAAAUAAAUCCAGGGUGCAAAAAUAGUGUAAUUGAAUUAAAUAUGGUCUAAAAGUAACUUCAAAAAGAGGAUUUUAUUCUGUGCUGUGUCAGUUUGUAAGAGCAGAUGGAGGAAACUGCUUUUAAACUCGUUCAGUGACUCCAGCUGAAUAAACUGAAACCAAGAUUCAUAAAUUCGUAAAUGAAGCUGCGCUCACACUCAGUGUGUUUGGGUCAGUGAUGCUGAAGUGGCAGUAAAGACCGGAUUAUACUUUCGACAUGUUGAAUGAUAUAAAUUAUGCAAUCCUGAUGCAUUAUGUGUGUCGGCCACAGAUUUUAUUAUCUCACAGAAAGCGUGUCUCUCACCGCUGUGACUGGAUGGGCAAUUUGAAAACAGAUGCCAAUGAAAUAUGUAAAAAGAAAAAUGUAAAAAAAUAAAUAAAUAAAUACAUUAAGGUGCUCUCGCUGCUAAAGAUUUUUUUUUGCCAAAGAAUAAAUCAAUCUUAUAGUCAGUUAGGAGCUAACAAACCUCAUCUCAUCUGAGGCGUUUAUUCAAGCUGAUUCCUCUUAAAAUCAGAAAGUCAGCAACAGUCAUCACAUUUUAAUGUUGUUGUUGACUAUCUUUUCAAGUGUAAUGAGACGAUUGUGUAGUUUGCUCCUGAGAGUUUAUAGAAAAUACAAAUUUCUACUGGAGGCGACGCACUGCGGUCCUGAACAUUGAGUCAAGUAUGGAAGCCAGAAAGAAAACAAUGUUUGGAAUGAUUAAAAUAUUUGAGACCAGUCAAAAUGAUUAAUUACUAUUUCAUAAUUAUCUAGUUAUUUAUAUUAGAAUUUUGAUGUUGUAUUAAAAUUCUGACUUUAAACACUUUGACUAACAAAGUCUUAAAAUGUCAAAUGAUUUGACGACAUUUUUAUUUGUCAUUCCAUUUUUUUUUAUUUCUUUUUUUUUUUUUUUUUUUUACCCCCUGGCAGAAAUGUUCUUCCACAGUUUAGUGAUAAAUUAUGAUUGCGAAGACAAAUUGAGGCUUUUCUCAUUAGUCCUGCCUUCCACAAGAAAUAGGCAAGAUACGUCAAAGUAAAAAAACCGGCAAGCUGAAAACAGAUACUGUCAAAAAAGAGAGUCCCAAAAUUCACUCUAUACUUAAUAACUAGCGACAUCAGGGUCGGGGCAGAGAAAAAUAAAAAAUAAAAACACUACAGCUAGCAUUGUCAGCUGAUGUCUCACAGACGGAGUAGCUUUAUGAUUGGGGUUAAAAUGAUGCCGGUGCCUUUAGACGGAGAGCAGAACCAAAGUCUCGAUGAGUUAGUCUCAACCUGAACGAAUAAAAACUGGUUCCUGUAAAGAAAAUAAGAGCAGGUCUUCUUUAACUGCUGCUCAAUGCUUAACAUUUAUUCUUUCUUCUGACACUAAACUAAAUUUAUUCUGCUGAUGAGUCACUUCUGACUGAACUCCAUCCUCCUCAGGAUAUGGACAAAAAAAUACCCCCGAAGUCUGUUUCAAGUGUUUUCUGCAGAGCAAGCAAAAUAAACGGAUGCAUUGUUAAACUAGAUCAGAAGUGGUAACUAAAGGUGCCGAUCUAAACGAAGUCGUGAGUCUCGUCAAAUCAAUAAACCCAACAAGCUCUUUCCUCAUAAAGGGGAGACGAACACUGCUGGGUCUGUUGUACAUGUCUGAACCCUUUAACUGCAACAUGUGCUGAACUUACAUUAAUGUGGAUUGUUUUUGCUUCGGAAUACAAGGUUUCGGAUUGAUUGAAGAUUUUGUUGUUUUUGACCAUGAUUUUUGUCAUUAAUUAAAAUUGUAAUAAGAUAUCUGUCGUGGCAGCAGGUUUAAAUUUAACAUUUUGAAUUUAAAGGGGUAAAACAUGAAAAAACCAUCACUAUGUUCCUGGAAAUGAAAAUAAUUCACCUCAAAGCUUCUUUAGGCCUGAUGGACAUUCCUGGACCUCUAUUGACAAAACCAUAUAUAAUGACAGCAAUAACACUUUUACAGGUAAUUUUAUUUACUAUGGUAAUUUGUAUUUUCAUAGCGUAAAUUACUCUGACUUACUACCAGGUUUUGUGGAGUUAGUGGUCAUGCACAUCUGGACAGGAAUUUAGUUGAUGUUUGCAUUUCACUUGUUUGAAAAUGUAAAGUGGAUUUCUUGACACACUUUUGGAUUAUGUUGUUUGGGUCAUUUUCUUUGAAGCCAUCACGUAACAUACGUUUUAUGAAUGCUUUGAAAUUUUUGUUCAGCAGAUAAUUGUAAAGAAAAAUAACAAAAAAUAUGUGCUGGUUGGAAAAACCUGUGUCAUCUGGUUGUUGGGCAACCAUGUAAGUUUUAUAUUUGUUAAAAGAAAACACAACUUAUUUUAGCAACUUUGAAUUUUUUUAUGGAGGGCUAUUCUCAUAUUCCACUCUGUAGAGAAUUAAGAGUUUUGUACAUAAUGGUGUAAAGUGUAUUUGGCCCUGAGGAUGUACAAUAAUUAUUUUGUUAUUACAACAGAUGUCUUGAUAAAUACAGAGUUAUAAAUAAGAAUUGCUUCAUAUAAUGUUAAUUUACCUUUCUUAGAAUAAUUACAAUGAUGUUGAGACACUUUGACAUUUUGAAUUUGUAGCUUAUUUGCUAUCGGACACGAUGGGAAUGGAAAGUUUUAGCAUUUCUCUUCACUGACCUUGAAAACAGCAGCUAACAUUGACACCAUUUGUCAGUCACUGGUUUAAAUGAAUAAGUAUUUUGCUAAAGUCCAACUGCUUAUUAGUGUUGGUGUCAAUGGACAAAUUUCUGCAUAAAGUUAAUAAGGAACAUUUAAACAAAACCCCACAUAGUUGUUAAUAUUUUUUUUUUUUACGAUAUCCGUUUAGGGACUUCAGAUGGAAAUGAUCUGGUAGCUAAAUCUGGUACAUUACAUCUCUUUAUAUGAGAUUAAAGGUUUUUGUACAUGAUCGAUAAAUGUAAUAAACUAAAGUAUUGUGUUUAAACAUGCAUGUAAUUAACAGAGAACAACCUCAUGUUCAGAAGUAGCCUAUUAAUAAUGCUCUCGGCUAAUAGAUCGUUACAUAUUAGCUGCUUUUAGCAAUAAAAAGUAUCAAUAUCGGUAUUGAUACCAGUGAUCCUGGUCCUGGUAGUAACUUGGUGUUUUUAUCUAAACAAACUUUUGUGGUAUUACUCGCCCCAAAGUUGUCCUGCUAGGUUAGCUUGUGGCUACCUUCGACAUUUUGUGCUAACAAGGACUUUCAAGUGCCAAAACCUUUGACCAUUCAUUCUGUCAAGUGUCUGGAAGAAAAACAAUAAGACGUUACAAAUUCAAAAAGUCAACAUAAGCUAACACAAGCACAUAUAGCCAUUGUGUUGCACAGCUACAUUUUGCUCCAAUGACACAGUCACUAUAUAUUUUGUUUUUGUUGAAGCCAUAACCACUACACUCAACCACUCGGGAGGACUACAGUUUGAUUAAACGAUGAUGAUACGAGGAAAGUGAUGAAUAUAAGUUGAUCUUUAUUGAUGCUUUCCACACAAUGGCCUUGAGUUUAUGUGAGCGAUGGCAAAGGUGUUGAUUACAAUCUUAUGUUACCCUUAUUUUUAAGUUGAACCUUUGUAUCUUUCAUUGUUUGCUUUCGCUUGAUACAUUAUUAUAAUUAAGAAAAGACAAAAAAGACACAGCAGCCAUUUUGAACAUUUGGUUAGUUUUAUCUACUAGCUAGUUCUCUGUGCACAUCUCCUGUUAACCAAGACAUAACAUAUUCAUGUCACGUUUUUAAAUGUUAAACAUGUUAAAAAAUACAAACAAGACAAGAAUAAAGAGCAAUAUAGAUUCAUAUGUUAAUAUUUUAGCCCUUAGCUAAUGUUAGCUGGUGUUAGCUUGCACUAGGUAACAUUAGCUCUGUGUUUGUUCUGCUUGAACCAACUAACUCUUCUGUGUUGGUAUGAAAUACAUUUUUCUUCUGAGUAAAGUUGCUGACAAAGUUUUAAAAAGGCUGCUGUGACAAUAAGAUCAGAGCACAUUUUUCACGCAUUUUAUUAUUAUUUUUUUUUAGGUUCUGGUGAGUCCACUGUACUUGAUUGUAUUUUCAAAAAUUGUUUCCUGUUUUGCUGAAGUGAUGGUAACAGCUGACAUUAAUUUGACCAUGGUGGUUAUUAUAUGUCAUUAAAGAGAGAGCUUAAAUUUUAAA